GCCCGAACUGAGAAGCGCUGGUGCUGCCUCCCGAAGCUCGGUGCGUCUGGCUCGCGACACCCGCGGUCCAUCUCGCGCAGCCCGAGUCUUGGUGGGGAGCCCCAGAACCCAGAUUGGGGACCUCAGUUCCCCGUGCGCAGCGGAGAUCGCCGCGGCGUUUCUGAGAUGCCCGGGAGAAAGGCGCGUCGGAACGCGCCAGUGAACCCAGCGCGGGCAGAGCUACCGCCUGAGCUCCCAGCUCAACUCAGGAAGAUUGGAGACAAAGUGUAUUGCAUGUGGAGUGCACCGGACAUAACUGCGGUUCUGGCGCAGAUCCCUGGCAAAAAGUCGCCAAAGAGCGCGAUGAGGAGCCCGAGCCCAACCCGGGUGCCAGCAGACCUGAAGGACGAGUGUGCUCAACUGCGGAGGAUUGGAGACAAAGUGAAUUUACGGCAGAAACUCCUGAAUUUUAUUUCCAAGCUCUUCAAUUUAAUAACCUGAGGUCUUCAAAGGCUUUUGCAAGAAGGGACCUCCUAGGAAGGACAUUCCCCCGUUGAUGCAAAUGUCUGGUUUUGGAUGGACUGUGACGUGAUGAGGAAAAAAUGCUCGCUUGCUUUUGGUUCCCUGAGUAGGGAUGAUGAAGGAGAGAGAAAUGAGUUUCUUGGGAAAGCUUUUAGAAAUCGUUCUUUGAGAUGUGAUAACGUGAAACCUCGCUUAUUUUUAUUUUUAUCUUAUUUUAUUUUUUAAAACAAGACUAGAAGAGUCGUGGAGCUAGGGACGUAACUAGUAAUAAUCUGUCUUUUCAGAGUUGUUCUGGCGUUUUUGCCGAAGGUUGUAAUAGAAAGGAGCGUGGCGAGUGGUCAUACUGUAUGGGGACAGUCUGUUGGGAUUGCUUUUUGACCACUCCAGAACAAUGUGCCAUUUAGUUCCAUCCUUAUAAUGUUCUAAGAGGAAACAUUUCACUUUUUAUAACACUGAAUGUUAUGGUGAAAAUUGAUUUCAUAGGUCACUACAAGUUUAGCUGGACUGUGUCUGUUUAGAUGACUUUAAAGUGUGUUACUGUAACCAUUUAAUUGGAGACUAUGGGGAGACAACCAAGUAACUGGGGAGACAACAAAGUAACUGGGGAAAUCAGAAGUGUAGCAAGGUCAGUAGGUGCCAGUCAGACUCUUGCAGAUUGAAUAAUAUGUGAUAAAAAAAAAGAGUUGGGUUUUAUAUAACCUGAGAAAAGUUUAAAAACUUUUAAAAGUUGGCAUAAUUAAAACUUAGUAAGACAUUCAUGAGAAGUUUCUAAAAUUCUGUAACCUGUCACAGUAUUUCUUAGAGUUCUUUUUCCCUCUUGCUUGUUUUUGUUUUUGGAGACAGGGUUCCUUUUCUCUGUGUAGCCUUGGCCAUCCUGGAACUCCCUCUGUAGACCAGGCUGGCUGGCCUUGAACUCCACCUGCCUUUGCCUCCCCGGGUGCUGGGAUUAAAAGCAUCACUGGGUUUAGAGUUUCAUUUUUAAUUUGGUCUAUAAAUGUGAAACUCAGAUUGCUCAAUAGCAAAUCAGUCCUGGUUAAAGAGGCAAGAGACUGGAGAACACAUUUCCGAAAGGCGGGUGGCCAGCAGAUACGUGAUUCAGAGACUGUAAAUGAAAACCAUCACGGGAUGAUCUUAUACUCUCUGGGUUUGUCUGUUACUGGAAGUGAAAGCUCACAAGCUUAGAGUAAGGAUUUUUUUUGUAUAUUUUUGUUAGUACUGUAAGGUAGGACCAUUUUUUUUUAAAAGCCGGCCUUGAGGCUCCUUUAAUAACUAAGAAAUGAACCUUAAACCCAGCUGUCCUACUACUGAGAAAGUAUGCAAAGGUGUUGAUCUGUCUGCUGAAAGGACGUCUCUGGACUUUGGCAUUUUUUUUUUUUUUUUAAUAUCUGUAUCAGCCGAGACAUGGAAACAACUGAUCAGGGGCUGAAAGGAUUUUAAAAGUGGGAACAGAAACAGAAUUGGGCCUAAAAAGGCAGGAAAUGGUAUUUUAUCAAAACAUGGAUAUUAUAUAUCCCAGGUGCCUCUCUUGUCAUUUAUAGUUUGACAAAAGUGAACCAAUAGGAAUAAGACGAGGUGGAGGGGUGGGAGAUGAGAAAAGGGCCAAUCAAUUUUAGGGUGAAAACUGGGGAGAGUUCUUUUACACUUGGUAUAUAUUUGACAACAACUGAACGGAUGUUGCCUGUUCUGACCACAGGGUCAUGAUGCCUUCCGAAAGUGAUGGGCUAUGUUAAUAACUGUGUGUUCUUUCUCCAGGGUGUCCAUAGAGUUGAAACUAAGCCCAUAAACACUUAAUUUGUCAGUUGACUAAAAGUAAAAACUGUCCAAAAGAAAUUGAGAAUUUCACAAUUGAGUUUUACCAGGAAUAAUAUUUAUUUUACCUAUUUAUAAUUUAAAUACUUUGCUUACUUUCAGCGUGUGUAUCGGUUUCAUUUUUCCUUUUGAGACAAAGGUCUUAUGACCAUGGGAGGGGUGUCUUGUGGCUUGUCAUUUUGAAUGAAGUUACCUCAGUAGUUAGUGGGCCUCAACAUUAAGGUUGUUUACUUUGAAGUUUAUUUUAUUUUAUUUUAUUUUAUUUCUUUUUUUAUUUUCCUGAAGGUAGACAUCUUACCCAAUGGGUAUUUAUGGUCUGUGACUGUAUUUAUAUGUAUGCUUCUGAAGGUUGAUACUGUAGCCUCAACUAUUAAAUAAAAGUUGAUACUGAAGCAACUAUUGAAAAAUGCCA